AUGUUCAGUGGCUCCUCGAGCCCACCCAAAGACAGAUCCGAUUCCAUCACUCGCUCCGGUGCCAUUGACACGCCUCCCCUGAGCAUCCACCCCGAGGAGUCCAGCAUCAACCAGAAGAAGUUCUCCCCCCCCGGCGGCUUCUUCACCCGCAGAGCAAGCGAGGACCAGACCCCCGGCGGCGAGAAGAAGCGCCGCAGUAGCACCGUCACCAAGGCCGCCUCCUUCUUCACCAGCGCCAAGAAUUCCCUGAGCCUCUCCAGCAGUCCGCGCGAGCAGUCCUCCUUCAAUAACUACACCAUCCAGGAGCAGCCGUCCCUGCACCGCUUCGGGAGCAUGGACCCGGCCCUCAGCGUCCCCCAAGGGCCCUUGAACAACUCGGCCGGCGAAUCGCUCCCCACGCCGCGUUCCUCCUUCAAGGUGGGCGUGACCGAAGACCGCAAUCGGAAAUGUCGCCGCACGAUGGAAGAUACCCAUGCCUACCUGUACAAUUUUCUCGGGACUCCCGCGCCCUCCGAGGUUUAUAGCAAAGCCCUGCCGAGCCCGACGACCGCGUCCCCCACCGAGACGGGCACCAGCGUCGUCGAAACUGACAAUGGGUAUUUCGCGAUCUUCGACGGCCAUGCCGGCACCUUCGCGGCCGAGUGGUGCGGGAAAAAGCUGCACUUGAUCCUGGAAGAUGUCAUGCGGAAGAACCCCAGCACACCGGUCCCGGAGCUCCUGGAUCAAACGUUUACAAGCGUGGAUCAGCAGCUGGAGAAGCUGCCGCUGAAGAACAGUGGCUGUACCGCCGUGAUUGCGCUUCUCCGAUGGGAAGACCGCGUCCCCAGCUCGCAUUCCGCGACGGGCUCGUCCGCUCUGGCGCCGGCUGCUGCCGCGGCUUCGCGGGGCGACACUGAAUCGGACGCGGAUACGCCCACCCAGGCCGCCGUCUCGGGUUCUUUCCCCAAACUACAGGAGAAGGCCCUCCGUCAGCGGGUCCUCUACACGGCCAACGUGGGCGAUGCGCGAAUCAUUCUGUGCCGCAAUGGAAAGGCGCUCCGCUUGUCGUACGACCACAAGGGCAGUGACGAGAACGAGGGGAAGCGGAUAGCCAACGCCGGCGGGCUGAUACUGAACAACCGGGUUAACGGCGUGCUUGCGGUGACCAGAGCUCUGGGUGACGCUUACCUCAAGGAUCUUGUCACUGGACACCCGUAUACGACUGAGACGGUGAUACAGCCGGACUCGGAUGAGUUUAUUAUCCUGGCUUGUGAUGGGCUGUGGGAUGUGUGCAGUGACCAAGAGGCCGUCGACCUCGUCCGCAACGUACCCGAUGCCCAGGACGCGUCGAAGAUCCUGGUCGACCAUGCGCUUGCGCGGUUCAGUACCGACAACCUGUCCUGCAUGGUGAUUCGGUUCAACUCCAACCGGGUGAAGGAGGUCAUCAACCGGACUGCCGAUCUCAUCGGGGUGGACGGGGACCCGCCCACGAACGUGGAGCGCGGGGUGAGCGAGGCCGACAAGAUCAUCGAAGGGGCGCGGAAGAGCAUGGCCAGCGCGGGGAUCGCCGAUGACCCGCAGACGGCCGAGAAGGUCACGGAGGAAAUCCUACAGAAGAUGUCCACCGACUCGGAGCCUGGCCCGGAGGUGUCGACCCCUACCCAGGAACAGCAGCACAACCAGGUGGUGAACAAUCUGAAACGGCCGGAGCCCCGGAAUCCGACUUCAUAG